AUGAAGAUAAUUUGUGCAGGUGUGGGAAAAACGGGUACCAAAUCCAUCGCCAAAGCUUUGCGUCAUCUUGGAUUGACUGUUUUUGACUGGGAAGAGCAAACAUUUGAUUUCCAAGAGCACUGGGUCGAUGUGUUCCAAAAUGGCGCCCAGUUAGAUGUGAAGAGAGUCUACCAACAUGCUGACGCGAUCGUUGACGCUCCCGGAAAUUUUUUCUGGGAAGAAAUACUGGAAGCUUACCCUGAUAGUAAAGUGAUUUUAAGCGAAAGAGAAGAAGAUUCUUGGUUGAAGAGCGUAGUCAAUCAACUUCAAGUCAUCGAGGCAGUGAUAUCUCGCAGGUUUUUGUGUGUUCUGUCUCCAACUUCAAGAAAACAGCUCUUUGUUUUAUAUUCUGUUAUAAACGCUCUUGUUGGCUCUGCAAACCCCAAGGCAGGUUUUAUCUUGCGUACGCGAUACCGAGAGCACAAUCACCGCGUUAAGUCACUUGUUCCACCAGAGAAGCUGUUGGUGUACAACGUGAAGCAAGGUUGGGAACCGCUGUGUGAUUUCUUGGGCUGUGAGGUUCCAACAAUUGCCUUCCCAAAUGAAAAUAUUAAGGGCGAAAUCGCUGAAGCUCCCUUGUCUGAGACAAGAUCUGGUCGGCAAAUUAUUUGGGAAAUACAGAGAGCUGUGAUUGUGAUCCUUUCUGUUAUCGUAGUUAUUGUAGGUUCAAUUUUUGUCUUUUUCUCGUAUUAA